UGGCUCUCCUCUCUCUCCACAGGUAGGCAAGCUGAUCCAAGAAGCAGCAGGAAAGAGCAAUCUGAAGAGAGUCACGCUAGAGCUCGGGGGAAAGAGUCCCAACAUCAUUUUUGCAGAUGCUGAUUUUGAGUUGGCAGUCGAACAGGCCCAUCAGGGUGUUUUCUUCAACAACGGUCAAUGCUGCACCGCUGGUUCCCGUAUCUUUGUGGAGGAGCCCAUUUAUGAUGAGUUUGUGCGAAGGAGUGUUGAGAGAGCUCGGAGAAGGACACUGGGAAAUCCCUUUGACCCAACCACUGAGCAGGGACCUCAGGUGAGUGUGGAUCAGCAGAGACGUGUAUUGGAGAUGAUUCAGAGCGGCAUCACUGAGGGAGCUAAACUGGAGUGUGGCGGCAAAGCUCCUCCUUCUAAAGGCUUCUUUGUGGAGCCCACGGUCUUCUCUGAUGUACAGGACCACAUGCGCAUUGCCAAGGAGGAGAUAUUUGGGCCAGUUCAGCAGAUCAUGAAGUUUAAAACGAUUGAAGAAGUGAUCGAGAGAGCCAACGACACAGAAUAUGGUCUGGCAGCAGCAGUCUUCACCAGAGACCUCAACAAGGCCAUGACAGUCUCUGCAGCUGUGCAGGCCGGCACUGUCUGGAUUAACUGUUAUAAUGCCCUGACAUGCCAGUGUCCUUUUGGAGGAUUCAAAAUGUCCGGCAAUGGUCGUGAACUGGGUGAGAUCGGACUGAAAGAGUACACAGAGGUGAAAACCAUUACGAUGAAGAUGUCAGGAAAGAACUCUUAAAGCACAAACAUGUACGUUCCUAGCAGCGUGAAGUCUUCCUCUGAGGUUAACCACUACCCUUUAUCCUUCGGUUGUCUAAAGUGGUAAAAUACCACACACAGUAACCACCCAUCACUUCUGCAUUGGAGCACCUGUUCUGCUGUUAUCAUGAACUACCCUUCAUCUUCAUCCCGCGUCCACCGCCACCAUUAACUGCCUACACCCAUUCCAGCUGUGACCUCCCUUCGCCCGGCUCCACUAACCAUACUAAAGCACUCGGAGUCCCGGUGAAGGAGGGCUACACAUUAGACCACUGCACCAGCAGCAUGCAGACACUAACAGACUGCGACAGCUCUCUCUGAUGAUCUCCUACGUUAAGUGUUUUUACACACUGGCUAAAAGGAGGUCUGAGGGGUGUCAUUCUCAAACCUCAUAAUUAACUUACCUUUCCACUGGGUAGAAAUCUAGUAGGCAUAUUUGUUUUUUACUAAGACCACUGAAGCUCUCAGAUAAAAGAUGUUUUCGUUGAAUGAGUAUUAAUUCUAAAAUUUGUGUAAUUGCUUUAUGUGUUUAUUUUUUCAUUUUAUUGUUUGAUUGUUUUUACAAUGUAUAACUUUGUCGAUGUCUUGACCAAUGUAAACAAAAAUGAUUUACCUCAAAAAAGAAAGCAGAAAAUCAGUGGUGUGUAUUUUUGACAAAUGAUUCCUCAUUGAUGCCCAUUUAUUGUUAGUUUUAAAGAAUUAUGUACUAUGAAUAUAGAAGUUAAGAUAUAGAGAUAAUUUCUUCAUUAAAAUGUUUUACUCAAAGUA